AAACAAGUGUGUGAAACCAUGUUAGCGAGAUUUUUGUCAAUGUACCUCAGGACGCACAACAGGACAAUCGGCCAAAAUGAGUUUCUCACGUUGAGUGUUGCGACCGGUCGCGAAAAUGCGCAAAUCGCACGCGGGAAAUCGUACAAGCGUCAUCUGGAUUACUCAAACGUGCCUAAACUGAACGAGGCCGAUCUCGAGGAGCAGUUCGUCAGGGGCAGCGGUCCGGGUGGCCAAGCGACGAACAAGACCAACAACGCGGUGGUGUUAACGCACAAACCCACAGGAAUCGUCGUCAAGUGUCACGAAACGAGGAGCGUGUGGGACAAUCAAAAACGUGCGCGCGAGAUCAUGAUCACGAAGUUGGACAACUUGUUGAACAAGGAGCGUUCCAUUGAGGCUCAGAUACGUGCUCUUGAGGAAAAACGGAGCGCCCACAAAGACUACAAAAGAAGAAAACUGAAUGAGAUGAAGAAAGCCUUUCGGGAACGCGAAGGUUUGACUUAAAACGCGCGCUGCAAAUUGUACAAACAAAAUUUCAACGUUGAAAAUAAACGAGAUCCCGCGAAAACUUCUAUUGUCUAACACAUUUACAAGUCGGAGAUUGAAUAAAAAAUAGUUGUUAUGAUCGAUCACUGAAAAUUUCAACUUACUUGCUUCUCUCUCUCUUUCAGAAGAUGAAAAGAUUCCUAUCUCUCAGUUUUUAGGAACUUUACUUAAAUUAUCUGAUUGCGUCAAUUAUCCUUUUUUGUUAUCAGUUUGUUUACUCAAACGUUUUUUUUUCUUUCUAGCUAAGUGGCAUUGUAAAUAAUUUUAUAGGAACCGGAAAAAUCCAGAGUUGAUUCAAAUCCGGAGUCAAUCAAUGCGGACCUGUUGGCAAGUAGUUACAGUUACACAGAGGUGCAAUAAAAAUUGUCGUUUAAUGGAAAAUUUGUAUCUUUAAUAAUAAUUUCUCUUCCUGAACUCAUGAGCGACUUACAGCACUUUUGUUUGAAAUAAAAUAUUCAGAUAUAAUGUGUUUGUAAUGUACGUGUGUAUGUACGUUUGUAUGUGUGUGUGAAGAAGUCAAAAAUAUAGACACUAUAUCUUCAAUACGCAGCAUAACGAAAAUGCAUUCGUGUGUGUUGUGUUAUUACACUGUUAUAAAGCUGUAUGCAGUCUUGCGUACUCUAGAGAACUAAUACACUCUAAAAAAAAAAAAAAAAGAAAUCUCUCAUUACAAUUGAAAUAAAAACAGCUGUUUUUUUUUUCCAAGAAUGUUGGACGACUUCGUUCGCGGGCUAACGAAACGUAAAAGGAGAUAUAAAAAAAAAAA